AUGAAAGUUCUCAAACUUCUAUUUCUUGGAUCAUUGUGUCGGUUGAGUGCUUCUUCGUCCACGCCAUCAAAUGCGACGUCUGAAGAUUCCGUUUUCCUGCGAAUCGACACAUCUCUCGAUGCUCAUUCCCGUCUAGAAGCUGCUCUGAACACUCUCGCUGAGCUCAUAAAUCCAACGAAACCGAAUUCGGAACUUGGAAAAUAUUUCCUUCUCGACGAUUCGAUUAUCUCAGAAUUGACAAAUGUGGAUGGAACGCAUGCAGAUAGAAUUGUCAAAGAAUUGACAGAUCUGAAAUAUAAUCUAACGGCAUUCAAUGAGAAAAGCAAGCAAUUUAAGAUGUUUGAGAAGCUACACCAGUUAAUCAAUACUACCGUAAUCCCUGGGAAAUCGGAGAAGGACGAAGUGGAAGCGAUCAUUGGAGGCUGGGACAAGUUCGAUGUACUGGAGUUCAAUCUUUUGAAAUUCCACGGGAGCAAUCUGAAGAAUCUGGAGCACUCGAAAGACGGAGCAAUUGCCGAAAGUAGAGUUCGAGGAGCUGCUGCACGGCGAUUCCAACAAUUCUGGAGGCGAUCACGGAGGGAAUACCAUGGAUGGACAUCAACGAGUUAUGGAGAUUUUCGGAGAUUUCGAAAUUUUGAUUUCCAGCCUGAAGCUGCAAUUAAUGGAGCCAAAGUGAUCAAAACAUUGGAAGGAGCAAUUGUAUAUGAAAUAAGAAAUAAGACAACUGGAGAAUAUAAAGUGGAUAAAGGGAAGUUUGACAAGGUCAUGGAUGAGAGAUUCAACGGACCAAACUGUGCUUUCUCGAAUGCCCAUGUUUUCAAAUUUGUUGAUUCCCACCCUAAAUCAUCUCCUGACUUCACCGAUUUCGCUCACGUUUGCUCAAAACUCGCUGCUUCCGUGAAAACUGGAACGUCAAAAGUGGAAGGCCUAAAAACAAAGCUGAGCAGUUUGAAAGAGGGUCCAUACACAAAAUAUGUCAUGGAAUUCAGCGAAUACAAUGUGACGCAAAAAUUCCAGAGUGCAUCAAUUUUAUUCAAAUUGUUUGAUCGCGUUAUCCAGGCCUCGGCAGGAUUCGACACGUUUUUCAAGCAAGGAGAUUUGAUGAAUAUUGAAUUUCAAAAUUUGAGAUAUGACGAUCCAAAUCGACGUGGCUGGGUGGAAAAAAUGAAGAUUCUCGAAUCCGUAAAAUCCAAAUUCUUCGAUAUGAAGAAUCAAAUUCUUAAAGGACGCGAAUUCUACACUCCAGUAUCCAUUGAAAAUCUGAUGUCACUUCGAUGGCUUGUCGAGAAUCUGGCUGACAUUUCAAAUCCCGCACUUCAAAUUUCUCAAUGGAGCGAUUUCGUUCUGGAGAUCAAAAAUUCCAGCAUAAAUCUGACAGCCGUCGAUGGUUUUGUGGCUUCCUUGAACCCAAUUUUCGAUUUGAAUUUGCUUAUGCAAAUUAUAAAGCACUUUUGA